AUGGGUGAACUAUCUUACUUCUUGGGAAUCGAGGUCACCAAUACUACCACUGGUGGUCUUGUUCUUUCCCAGACAAAGUACAUCAAUGAUUUGUUGACGAGGGUGAAAAUGGAUGGAUGCAAACCUUCUCCUACUCCCAUGACAUCUAACCUAAAAUUGACCUCGGGAGAUGGCAACUUGUUUGAGGACGCUGGCUUGUACCCCUCUAUAGUGGGGAGUCUGCAAUAUGUCACUAUCACCAGACCCGAAUUGGCUUUCUCGGUGCAUAAGGUGUGUCAAUUUAUGCAGUCACCAAGGGAAUCACAUUGGAAGACAGUGAAACGAAUAUUGAGGUAUCUACAAGGAACCACUUCCUUGGGCCUGCAUUUGCAGAGGUGCUCUGACCUAUCUUUAACUGGGUACACUGAUUUAGACUGGGCUUCGGAUAUUGAAGAUAGGAAGUCUACUGCUGAUUAUUGUGUGUAUAUGGGGAGGAAUCUUGUCUCUUGGUCCUCUAAAAAACAGCACUGUGUCUCUAGAUCAAGCACAGAGGCGGAAUAUAGAGGUAUUGCGACUGUUGUAGCAGAAUUGCUUUGGCUGACAAAGCUUAUGUGUGAAAUUCAUAUCACAGGUCCAACUCCAAAAGUGUAUUGUGACAACUCUGGCGCUGUGCUCCUAUCUACCAACCCGGUUUGGCAUUCUAGAUCAAAGCACUUUGAAGUUGACUUGGCAUUUGUUCGUGAUCAUGUUGCAACUGGCAGAAUUGCAGUGAAACACAUCCCUGGUGAUGUUCAAAUUGCAUACAUAAUGACUAAAGCAGUUUCCUCCACAAAGUUCCUUGACUUUCGAAGCAAACUCAGGAUUGAAGAUGUUCAAUGCCUUCGUUUGAGGGGAGAUGAAAGUAUAAAGACGAUAGUAAUAGCAUUGGAAGUUCGAACAACCAUCGUUCUGAUAAAAGCAUCACUAAGAAAAGCAAUAGAAGACGAGAAUCAUGUCUACCAGAGUGGUAUGGGUGUGACUGUGGAUAAGAAAUGGUGUGGAUUGGUAAUGGUUGAUAAAAUCCAAAAAGAUAAAGGAUGGACAAUGAAGAAUGAUAUAGUGGGUGCUAUAAUUGAUGAUGAAGCAUGGAGGAUGAAGAUUUUUUAG